AUGACUUCAGAUUCUGAUCGCGCUGGCCGGCUCUGCUUGGUCACGGUCGGCGCCACCGUCGGCUUCAGGAAACUCACCGAAGCGGCCCUUGAUCCCAUUUUCUGGAAGUACCUAGUGUCGCAGGGCUUCACCGAGCUACAUGUACAGUGCGGGCCGGAUGUUGCCUGGGCAAGCAAAGAGUUGAUUGCCCGCAAGGAUGACGCUCCCCGAGGCCUCAACAUUGACAUCUUUGACAUGAGAAACAAUCUCGCGAAAGAGGAGAUGACGCUGUGCAAGCCUCUAGACGGGAAGCGGCAGCUCGGUCUCGUCAUCUCACAUGCGGGAACGGGAACUAUACUCGACGCCUGGAAGCUGGGACUUCCCAUCAUCGUGGUGCCCAAUACGCAGCUCUUGAACGAUCAUCAAACCGAGAUGGCAAAGCAUCUCUCAAAGGAGGGGUAUGCCAUCAUGAGCACUAGCAGUGUGGACGAUCUACAGGAGGCAAUGCAUAAGGUGGAGCUCCUGUGGGAGGACAACAAGUCUCGCUGGCCCCCCAACAAGGUGCCGUCGGCGGGAAACGACAGACGGCGCCUCUGGGAUCUUGCCCCUCAUGAGGUCGCCAAGGAACAGAAUGCGACCAUGACUCACGACUAG